CACAAGCAUCUCAAUUUGAAUCCACAAAGUUUUGGAUAAUGAAAAGAAAUACAUAAUUUUAAUUCAACCCAAGUGUUUUCCAAGCAGAUUAUAUUUGCUUAAAUUGCUACAGUAAUUCAAGGACAGACUUGUCUGGACACACAGUUACUGUGGAUUUUUAAGAGACUCAGUUAAAGAAUUUAGGAAUAUCUGAAUCAGUUUACAGGAUUUGCAAAUUCAUCAACCCCUGAAAACUAAAGCAAACUCAACAGGAAGACAAAAAAAGAACAUGGGCCUUUUAAGUCCAGCAUGUAUCCUUUUCCUCUUUUUUGGAGUCAAAGUAUAUUGCCAAUAUGAAAAUUAUCAAUGGGAUGAAGAUUAUGAUCAAGACCCAGAUGAUGUCUACCAACCAGAAUUCCAAUUUCAUCCAAAUGAGGACUUUCAAGUUCCUUUUCAUCAGCAGGUGUUAGGCUGUGCCACUGAAUGCUUCUGCCCACCCAACUUUCCGUCAUCAAUGUACUGUGAAAAUCGCAAACUCAAGACUAUCCCGCAUGUCCCAGCACACAUACAGCAGGUCUACCUUCAAUUCAAUGAAAUUGAGGCUGUGACUGCAGAUUCAUUCAUCAAUGCAACUCAUCUUAAGGAAAUCAACCUCAGCCACAACAAAAUUACAUCUCAAAAGAUUGAUCAUGGUGUGUUUGCUAAAUUGUCAAAUCUACUACAACUUCACCUACAGCAUAACAAUCUAGAAGAAUUUCCACUUCCUCUCCCUAAGUCUUUGGAAAGACUUCUUCUUGGCUACAAUGAGAUCUCCAGGUUGCAGACAAAUGCCAUGGAUGGGCUAGUAAACUUGACAAUGCUUGAUCUCUGUUAUAAUCAUCUUGAGGAUUCCAUGUUACAAGAAAAGAUACUUGCCAAAAUGGAAAAAUUAAUGCAGCUCAACCUAUGUAAUAACAGAUUAGAAUCAAUGCCUCCUGGUCUGCCUUCUUCGCUUAUGUACCUGUCUUUAGAAAAUAAUUCAAUUUCUUCUAUACCAGAAAAUUACUUCAAUGAACUUCCCAAACUUCAGGCUCUACGAAUGUCACACAACAAACUACAAGACAUCCCAUAUAACAUUUUUAAUCUUUCCAACCUAAUAGAGCUCAAUGUUGGACACAACAAACUGAAGCAAGCAUUCUAUAUUCCAAGAAAUUUACAACACCUAUACUUAGAAAAUAAUGAAAUUGAAAAUAUCAAUGUUACAGUGAUGUGUCCAUCUGUUGACCCACUGCAUUACCACCACUUAACGUACAUUCGUAUGGACCAAAAUAAGCUAAAAGAGCCAAUAAGCUCAUAUGUUUCCCUCUGCUUCCCUCAUAUACACACUAUUUAUUAUGGUGAGCAAAGAAGCACUAAUGGUCAAAAAAUACAACUGAAGACCCAAGUUUUCAGGAGAUUUCAGGAUGAUGCUGAUAGUGAAGAACAUGAUGAUCACCAAGAAGGUCCAGAACAAGAAGCAACAGAAGAAAACACUGACCCUCACUAUUAUGGAAAUCAAGAAUGGCAAGAAACAAUAUAGGUAUACAUUUACGAUUUUAUACGAUAUUAUUAUUCAAUAUUAAUUUAAUUAAACAUGGAAGGCUAACAGUAAUGUAUCUAGAAUCAUGUAUAAGAUCAGACUGAAUUUAAAUUGUUAACAUUUGCAUCAUUACAUAGGAUUCAAACUUACUUAAAAUGAUAUAAGUCUUUAGAAAUAUAAAUUAGAAUAACAAGUGGGAAUAAAAAACUAAACUUUAA